AUGCAAGUCCCGUCUCUUGGAGGCUCCAGUUUUUAUCUGAAGAGAAAUCUGAAAGAUGUUUUACCCCGGGCGCUGAACGAAGUUUGCCAGGCUCGUCCCAGGGACCCAAUCGAGUUUUUGGCCAGGUGUCUGUACAAGGCUGCGGAUUGUGACUUAUACUUCCAAGAAAAGGCGAUUUUUGAAGCAGAAAAGCGAAUGUUGGAGAUUCAGUUGAAGAGGGAGGAGCAACAAAGACAGACCGCCAUGUUACGAUAUAAGAAACAGAUUUCAGAGCAUCGGGACUUCCUUCACAUCGGGGACAAGAAAGGCAAAUCUAGCGUGGAAGCCAGAAGAUACAACAUACACCCUCGACAUCGACGCCACCCAGUUAGCACUGACAAGAAGAAAGACAGUGUCGACCAGAAAGAGGGACGCCGCGAAACAGCAAGACUGUCAUUUUUUCAAGGCAGGGAAUUUGGAUCGACUUUGGAAAGUACUCCUAUAAAUGUUUCUCCAGAAUCUGAGACGUUAAGAAGUGCCUCGAGGGGCGCCAGCGGUGCUUCUCCAACGAAGUCCUCUAUUUUUAGAAAGGGGGGCUUGCCAGCCGGUGAGUCUCGUAGUGUUGUCUCCGUACAGAGGGACAGCCGAUCGAGCAGCCGUACACUAGAGGAUGACGUCUUAGAAAGAAAUCCCAGCACGUUGACAAGCAGCAGUAGAACAAUUAGUAGGCUAGCGUCAUUCGGUGAUGAAAUCAACAUAAGGGAUUCGCGGAGCCCACCUUCAGACUUAUACGAGACAGGAGAAACACCAAAACGGGACAGUCUUGUGAGACGUACACCUAGAAGAAAAUCGAAGACUGUUGGCGAUGAAACCAAACAAAUUAGAUCACGAUCAGGGAGUGUGGUGAAAAGAAAAAAGAAAACGAAGCAGCGAAGUUCCUCCACAGACCUAACACUGGGCUCCUUUGAGGUAGAAGAUAAAGGCAAGUUAAAAGAUGAUUCUGAGGCGGGGGUCAGUAGUAAACGACGGAGACAUAAGAAGAGAGGCAGUAUAAAGCCAACAAAUACGGACAAUUUUCAAGAUGGAUUCCCUGAAAAUAUGACAAUGGAGGAAAUAUAUGAGUGGCAGCUAGAGGAUCAGACUAAAAAAACCGCGGAAGAGACACGCAGAGCUCGCGGAGCUUCAAAGAGGAAAAAAAGUGUUGACAAGAAAAAAUCACGAACAGUUGAACAGUUAAAGGUCAGCAAAGAAACGGGCUCAGACGAGGAGCGAGAGUCUGAUGAAUCUGCAUCGGAUAUUCAAGGUAAACCCGAUGCCCAUAGCGAGGAAGUCAGUGACGAUGAAGACGCCGAACAGAGGAGGCGCAGAAAAGAGGAACCCCGGCAACAAGCCUUGACUGAGCAGGAGGAAUAUGAGUUGCAAAGGAUGACUGGUGUAAAGAAAACAAAAAGAAGAGUAGCUGACGCAACAAAACGUUCCACUCGUAUCAAAGAAUUCCCAAAAGGCGAAGAAGAACAUGGACAAGAAGAUACGGCUACAGUCAGCCGUCGAAUUAACGUCAGUGACAGUAAACUAGACAAAGAUGUUAAAAGACGACAUCGACGACGAAUUACAAAGACAGGUACGGAAUCUUCGGAUGCGGAAGAAUCACUGGAGUCAGCUCGCAGAUCACGCAUGGGAACACCGCCCCCAACCAGAGAAAUGUCACUCGAAGAUACGGUGCGAAAACGUGCUAGUAAAAAAAGCAAGCAACAUCGUAGACGUUCGUUCUCCAAGCGGAAACAUUCGUUGGGCGAAAGUGAAAGCAUGAGGUCAUUCGGUCAAACUUCGGAUAUAUCUGACACAGAAACAGUCGACUACUUGUCUGAUACGUCACAUCGUCCGUCUGACCGAACGACAUUCGCGAUAACGGAAGAAGAGUACGCCUACCCGUUUACUCCCGUGGAGUGCGAAUGGCUGCUGUUGGACUCAAACACACUAGUAUGUCGCCACCCAGUCUUGGGAGAUAUUCGCUCCCGUCCACAGAGCAAUUCGUAUGCACUAGAUGUCAGUGCAUGGGCUGACCGAGAAAACUACAACUGGCGCGCUAUCUAUGAUCAUGAAAUAUAUGUGGUUGUAGAACCAUACAUCGAAGACUACAGAUUUAAACGGAAACACAAGUGA